AUAUUUUAAUUAUGGGCGAUUUUUUUCAAUUGAAAAAAAAAAUUCAGACUGCUUUUAAGUUAAGCGGUUUUUUAGUCAAAUCAGAUUCUAUUCAGUUUUUGUGCGAACAACUGGCUCCAUUUAGUUCAGAGGAAAAUGAAAAGUUGGUAUCAAAAAUUAUUGAAAGUCUUCAGACUAUGAAAUUGUCGAGCACGAAUAUCAGUAAAGAUCUAGUUGAACAAGCAGUAAAUCGAAUUCAUUUGGUUGAUUUGUGUGAUGAUGAAACUAUUUUUAGUGUAAUAAGUGCUUUUGAAGUUCCGCGAUUUACUUUCAGUAGCAGUACUAAAAAGUUUUACCGUGAUAAUGAUGAUAAUACUAGUUUUCUUCCGGAGGCAUCUGCUAAAGCUAAAUACUUACAAAAUCGUUAUAAAAUUUUAUUGCAAAAAGCUAUGCGGCAUGAACUCUUUGCUGAAAAUAAUAUAGAAGGCGUUGAAAAUGGUUCAAAAAAAUUUCGCCUAUAUUUUGCUGAAAAUUUACUUUCUCAAUCACAAGUUAAAGAAGUAGUGAUUUUAGGGUUGUUGACACAACUAUCAGAAGGAAAAUAUUUUUUGGAAGAUCUCACUGGAAUCGUAGAGUUGGACUUGCAAGAAGCACAUUUUCAUUCUGGGUUUUAUUGCGAAGGAAGUUUUAUUUUAGCUGAAGGCAGAUACGAAGACCAAAUUUUAAAAGUAUCUAGUAUUGGUUUUCCUCCGUCGGAAAUCGCCAGCUUCAGUCGUAGUUACUUCGGAACCCAAAAUUCUUGGGGUGGAAAAUCAAGUAAAUUAUUGAAAUAUUCAACUCGACUUGGAGAAUUGGAGCAAACUAAUAAAGAAGCUACUAUAGUUUUUCUUUCUGAUGUUCGCUUAGACAUUCCUGUAGUGACCCAAAAAUUAAAAACUUUAUUUAUUGGUUAUGACGAAUGUCCCCCAGUUGCUAUAGUACUGAUGGGACCGUUUUGCCAAAUGGAAAAAAGUGUAACACAAAAAAAACAGUUUUUUGAUAUUUUAGGUGAUCUAGCUGAUGGUUGUGAACAUUUAAAACAACAAACAGAUCUAGUUUUGGUUCCAUCACAAGAAGAUCCAGCAGCACCAAAUAUACUACCAAGGCAACCAAUCCCCGAAUAUUUUGUAAAAGAACUUCGUCGAAAAUGGAAACGUUUAAAAUUAGCAACUAACCCUUGCCGUUUACAAUAUUGUACUCAGCAAAUAAUUGUUUGCAAAGCUGAUUUAUUUACAAAAUUUUGUCGAAAUACUAUUCAUUUUCCCAGUGAUAGUAACUUGGCAAACCAUUUUGGAAGAACUUUAGUUUGUCAGGGUACUUUAACUCCAGUUCAGCCUAUUGUUAUACCAGUUUACUGGAACUAUGAUACCGCCUUACAAUUAUACCCCCUGCCAGAUUUGAUAGUUAUUGGAGACCCCAGCGAUUCUUUUAGCACAAUUCAAGCUGGAUGUACAAUAUUAAACACAGGAUCGUUUAUAAAAAGUAAUUUUUCUUUUAAAGUGUAUGUCCCAUCAUCAAAACUAGUUGAAGACUCAGAAAUACCGGAUAAUUAAAUUAUAAAUAAGGCAAUUACCCAUAUAAUUUUAUUAUUUAAUUUAAAGAAUCAUUUUGUAAGCUUUUACCACAUAUUACAUACAUCAAACAAAAACCUACACGUUCAAGUAUAUAUGUACAUAUGUUUUUUUAUAAAACAAAAAAAUUUUUAGCCGGUUUUGGCGAAAUAUCUUUAUUUUUCUUUAUUUGCAAACUAAUCUUGUUACAUUUCAGAAAUUUACAUCAUUUAACCGUAGAAAAAAUAAAAUGUAAAAAAGGAAAUAAGGAAUAAAACUAAUAUUUUUUUAAAAUAAAUUUCCUGGAAAAAAUUCAUUCACCUUACUAAAGAAUGUAAACUGCAUGAUGGAUUAUUAUUUUGCAGGUUUAGUUUGGAUACUUUUUUUUGUUGAUUUUGAUUUCUCCAUGUAUGAUCAAGGUUUUUUUCUUAAUUCUACUUAUUUUCUGUAUUUAAACAAAAUGAGAAAACCGUUUUUUUCUUUAAAUAUUUCAAUAUAUGCAUAUUCCAUGAUUUUUAAAUAAAAAAGAUUUUAUUGCGAAGCUAAAUUAAAAAAAAAAAAUUCAUCAUUAAUUCGAAAUUUAUAUUCGUAUAAAACAAAUAAAAUUGUUGUUUUUAACGUCUCCGAAAAUUAUCUAGACGUACACUUGGAAAUAUUCCUCGACGUUUUAAAAAAAUCUUAUAUUUAGUUUACUUAUUUACAUGCAUAUUCUAUUCUUAAAUGCCAAAAACAGAUUUUAGUUUGUAACGUAUAUGUUUCUUUUAGCUGGCAGUUAUCGAUAAAUUCAUAUAGUUCUGAAAAAUUUUUAAAUUUUUUUCGGGGCGGCAAUGAGAUAUUCAUAGAGACAAUAUGUUUUCUUAAUAAACCGGCUAAUUGAAAAAUUUUUUUACUUUAAUUUUACUAAUUUUUUUUUAACAUUUAAAACGAAAAAGAAAUUUUUACCGCCCCUUAAACGAAUUUAAUUUUAAUGUUUAAUUUCUUGAAUUUGAAGUAAGGUAUGUAAUUUAAAAACUAUUCAAAAAUUUUACCGGGAAGGCUAUAAUAUCAAUUUUCAAUUUUAACGAAAAAGAAAAAAAAAAUUUAUAAUUAUUCCAAUAUAAUCACGCCGCCUAUUUUUUAAGUAUGAAAUAAAAUAUAAUUUACUUAUAAUUAUUGUACUUAUGGAAAAAUGAAAUAAAGCGGAUUUUUUUAUGUUUAUUAUUUCUACCAAUCAACACUGUUAUUACUUCAAUAUAAAAUUCAUAACAGUAUUUGCAAGAUUUAUAUUAAUUUUGGCUAUUAAAAGGUUAUGCUCUAAUCUAUAAUUAAUUACAUAUAUAUUUAAUUUUACAAUAUCAAAUAGAACGUUUUUGAAAAAUUAAUAUUUUUUACCAUAAAAUUCUACUAAAUCUACUUUUACUUAAACAGUUUUUGAAAACUAAAUAAAUAAUUUAGUACAUAUACAUAUAUUCUUUUCAAAUUUAUUUCACGAAAGAACAAAAAAAAACUGUGUAUUAUCCGGGGAGGCUAUUUAGCUCCAGCAAUUGCAUUACUAAAAUUAAUUUAAAUAGUGAGUUUUGUUUGUAAGCAAGCGACAUUGGAUAAAUUUACCUAUGUUUUUUUAACAUUCUUUACUAAUUACUUGUAUAUUCUUAUUGUUUUUUUUAUUUACACUUAGUUUUCAAAUUUUUUCAAAUCGAAGAUUAAAAAUUUUAUAAAUGGAAAUGCUUUUUAAAGGAAAAAUACUAAUUUUGUACGCCAAGUUCAAUAAUAAAUUAAAGGUCUU